AUGAAAGCAUUCAGAACUCUACGUCGCCCGGUGCGACACUCACUUACACUCCCCACCAAACCUCCCCUCUCAUCAUCACCGCCACUAUCAUAUUUACCAUCAUCAUCAUCCCAGCUCCGGCGAUAUGCGUCCUCCAAGCACCCUAAGGGCUUCGAGGCGCCCAGCGCGGCGGACCUAGCUGAGCUGCGGGACCGCGUGCAGGAUUUCACGCGGCGGGAGAUCACGGCGGAAGUAGCGGCGCACACGGACAAGAGCAACUCCUUUCCCGCGGACAUGUGGCCUAAGCUCGGGGAAGCCGGGUUCCUGGGGAUGACGGCGGACGAGGAGGUCGGGGGCUUGGCGCUGGGCUACCAGGCGCACUGCGUGGUGAUGGAGGAGAUCUCCCGGGCGAGCGGCAGCAUCGGGCUCAGUUACGCGGCGCACUCGCAGCUGUGCGUCAACCAGCUGCAGCUCAACGGGAGCCCCGAGCAGAAGGCGCGGUACCUGCCGGGCCUGAUCGCGGGGACCCAGGUCGGCGCGCUGGCCAUGUCGGAGUCGGGCGCGGGCAGCGACGUCGUGAGCAUGCGGACCGCGGCCAAGAGGGUCGACGGCGGGUACCUGCUCGACGGGACCAAGAUGUGGAUCACGAACGGGCCGGACGCCGACGUCGUCGUCGUGUACGCUAAGACGGAGCCCGACAAGGGGUCCAAGGGCAUCACGGCCUUCAUCGUGGAGGCCCGCUCCGAGGGGUUCAGCUGCGCGCGGAAGCUCGACAAGAUGGGCAUGCGGGGAAGCAAUACGGGCGAGCUUGUAUUCGACAACGUGUUCGUGCCAGACGAGAACGUGCUAGGCCGCAUCAACGGGGGUGUGCGCGUACUGAUGGAAGGCUUGGAUCUCGAGCGUCUCGUGCUUAGCGCCGGACCCCUGGGUAUCAUGCAAGCGGCGCUUGAUGUUGCGUUGCCGUUCACGCACCAGCGGAAACAGUUCGGCGUGCCGAUUGCCCACAAUCAAUUCGUGCAGGGUAAGCUUGCUGACAUGUACACGAAGCUACAAGCGUCGAGGGCAUAUACCUACGCCACCGCUAAAGCCGUUGAUGAGGAAGGGGAGAUCAGGACGCAGGAUUGCGCGGGCGCCAUCCUGUACGCGGCUGAGCGGGCUACCGAGUCUGCGCUGGAUUGCAUACAAUUACUCGGUGGUAUGGGUUACGUAGAAGAGAUGCCGGCUUCGAGAUUAUUAAGGGAUGCCAAGUUAUACGAGAUAGGAGCGGGAACAUCGGAAAUACGUCGUAUGGUUAUUGGAAGAGCGUUCAAUAAAGAAUACGCUCAUCUAAGUGCGUAA